UGGCCCCGCUCUAGUGUCAAAAGUUUCGGACCGCGAUGAAUUCAGUUCAUCGGUGCACUCGCCUAUAGAAACGAAUUCAUCUUUCGUAACCUAUCAACGGAUAACACUUAACUUUUUCAGGACGGAUGAGUCAUUUGCGCAUGACUGAAAUGUUCUUGCACAACGAAUUUUUUUUUUGAAGUCGUCCGGAAAGGAUUGAACGACUUAACCGUCACUUGAGUGAAUUCGUGAAUGAAUUCGUUUUCAGGUUUAGGGUUGUUAAAUUUGUCAAGUUUUCUUGCAAGGAUUAUAGAAGUAAAAUAUUUAUACCAUGUCAUUAUAAGUAUCAAAACAUAAAUAGAGAAGCACAUACUUUAAAUAUAUGUAGGUAAUUCAGAUGGGACAGGUCUAUUUUUGGGUCCCUCCCCAGUCGACAAUUCCGAGAUUUCAGUCUUUGGAGUAGACAAUUAUCGAGCUGAAAUACGGAGCGGAAAGUUUGUCGACGGCAUCGGACAGACAACCUGCUUCUUUCGUCCAUGUCUUGGGUCCCCUUUUUGGGGUCCCAAGGUCACGCCACGCUCGGCAAUUAAAAAGAGCAGAUCAUCAAUAAUGCACAACGCGUUGCGGUCGUCGUCGCCAAUACGGCAUAUCUCCACGAAUUCCCACCUUUUACAGAACACGAAAGGUUACCCGUUUUCCCUACGCAAUAGCCAGUGUUUUUCUCACUAGGAAAGGACCGGUCCACGUGACUUACCGUCCUUUCCUAGAGUGGGACGACCUAGUCCUAGUUCUGCGCUACGCACCGUUUAUCAGGUGUGCCGUCUCUUCGCGUUCCCCAGUUAAUUUAUGGACUUCUGGAACGGUUCGAAUGCAUUGGAAUUGCAAAUCAGCGCAGGCUAUGAUCGCUGCGCUGCGCAGCAGCAGUCGUCAUGGCGAACGUGACUUUGACAGCCAGCAUCCGAAAACGUCAAAACCAGAUAAACCGACGACGAUGACGGCAAGGCGUCUCUCGUCCUCGCGUCGACGCAGGCAGAUAUCAUGCAAAAAGUGACCGUAAUUUAUCGCAAAUGAACCGAACCGAACCGAAGCUUGUCGGAAUACAUAUCUCCGGUGUUUAAUUUCAUUAAAUUGAAUGUAAUGCAACUUGUUAAUGAGAUUAUUUGCGCUCCUCGACGCGUCUUGGCGUCGUGGUUGAUCCAAGCAAGCAGGCGAACGAUUGCGAUGAAGAAAAAGCAAGCAAAACAUAAAACAAUCGAAUCUUGAAUGCUCGACUCCUUCGAUUGACGUCGGCCAGCGAUGGAGACGAUGCGGCCACAGUCGGCAAAUUAGUCGGGUCACUUGCUUGCAGUUAAAUGCAACUUGUUCAAGAGCAGUGGAGCUGUUGCAACACGGUUGCGGUGGCACGGGGCACUUAUCGGGGGCCCGGGUAAUUAUGGCUCUGAUUUGCGAUAGUGGCAGCAAGUCAUGUGCGCGCUCGCACUUGCGCUCGCUUUUUCAUUCAGUUCUGCCGGGGUAAUAUUUAUGGUCGGUAAUGACAGGAGAUUAACAAAUUGAUUGUGACGUGUUAAUCCAAUCGUUGUCAUGCGGCGACUUUGUUGGUUUCAAUGUUGUAGAAUUGAACAGUUGUUGUUUGUUUACUUUGUAUGAAAAUUUUGCGCGAAAACCUUAAUGUAUCUAUUGUCUAUCCGGUUAAAAUCAAGACAGACAUUUAAUCAAAAAUUGCCAUUUCCUUGGUCCACAAGUGUCGCAACUGUUUCGCAUCUAGUGCGCUGUGUUGCUGACAACAACGGGUAAGAUGCGCACUACUUUUGACAUGAUUCAAAAACGUCGCGAGUUGGGUCGCGUCACAACUUGAAUGUGCGACGUCCGGUUUGGUGGCGGCCCGACAAUACAUAGCUUGGAUGAUUCUAAUAGACGCCUCAGGGUCCGAUAAAACCACUUUUUAGCAGCCUUUUUUGGUCAAAUACACUUAGGGGGCAUCCAUUAAGUACGUCACGCUCAGAGGAGGGAAGGGGGGUCCAGGAAAGUGUGACAAGCAAUGCAUUAGGUAUACGAAAAACCCAUGUGAUAAUGUAGGCCUAAUUAGCGGAUAUCAAUAAACUGCGCGCCCAAUGGUCAUUAAACAAAAUGACUAUAACAGUAACAAAAUUAGCUCAAAUUCGAUGAACAACCAGACCACACUGAUCCAGAGCCAUGUAGUUUUACAUACCAGAUGAAAUAAGUACAUAUAUUUGAUGAUAUUGUAGAGAAAAUCAUAAAUUUUGUUUUAUCAGAUGCGAAAUUUAGCGACCUGUAUGAUUUUCUGCGGUUUGAAAAUUCUCGUUGUCUUCAUCUUCAGGCGUCGCCCUGUAAAGGUGAGUGACCAAAAUGGGAAUUUUUUUAAUUAACUUUUCAGAAAACUAGCCUAUUAUAGAUCAUGGAACGAUGAAACAUAGAUUGGUUAAUGUCAAAUGGACGAAAAUGAGGUUUGAAGUUGAAAAACACUUUCGCAUUUUUUCCUGCCGCAUACUGUACUAAAUGGAUGCCCCCUUAGGGUCUGUGUCAAUUGACGAAUUAAAAUAAAUUUUUACUUAAAUUUGACAGUUCAACUCUUAAACUUGACAGUUCUCCUAAGGAAAUAAUUAUCGAACUGUCAAGUUUAAGUGAAAAUUAAUUUUAAUUCGCCAAUUGACACAGACCCUUAGGAGGCUAUUGCGCCCAUCAUGAAACCAACAAAAAUCUUUCGGUGGUGUGAUGGGUUUCAAAACCUCUAGACUUCAAAGUAGUCUAGUACAUUUCAAAGUUUUACAUGAACAGAUAACCUUAAAUGAUGGCCUUUGUGACGACGGUAUGCCUCCCCGCGAUGGAGAUGGCCUAAACUGAUGGUAGCCUAUUCUUUUCAAUGGGUCGGUUGUGAACAACUGUUGCAUCGUUACCACAUACUCCUAUAGAGAAUGUCAACAAACCAGAAUAGUAAGCAAGACACGUGAAUUGGAGCAACUUUCUGAAAAUUAAUUGUAUUUUUGAAUUUCCGUGCUAUUCUGAGUAUAAAAUUGUAUAAUUCCUACCUAAACUAAAUUACUACAUACUCGAAGUAAGUAACAAAUGAAUUUGUAUAAUUUAACUUAUAUCUAACAUGCACAAUUUGUUAUUCUAGUUAUAUAACCUAUAAUUGAAAAACCUAAAGGGAAGAAUUUCGUUUGUGAAAGGCUACUGAAAAUUUCUAAAGCGUAUCCACUAAAACGACCGUGUUUGGAUUGCUAUAAGAGCUUCGGUGACAACAAUUUCUUUAGAAAUUUUCACCGCGAAAUCCCCUAAGGUAUGAUGAGUCUUCCUGGAGAAAAAGAUGCUGCUGCUUCGCCGUCCAGCUGUGUCGCGUGUGACCGCCCGGACAGCGAUGAAAACAUGGUGGCGUGCGACGGUUGUGAGUGCUGGUAUCAUUUCAGUUGUGCAGAUGUCGACGAAAGCGUUUCCGGACAGCCCUGGAAGUGCGAAUCCUGUGGGAUUAUGAACCAGACUCCGAUUCCGACGAAGAACAUCCGAAAAGCAAAUGGCAAGGAAGGUGGAAAGCGGCUGACCGUACCAACCGGUGCUAAGAAGUCGUCGAAGGUGUCCGUCAGCAGCAAGGGAACCUCACGAAGAAGUAAAAAGUCCGCUGCAGGUGAUGACGUAAGUUUAACUUCUAGUGCUAGGGCAAGACUUGCGCUUGAGCUUAGGAUGUUAGAUGAAGACGAACAAAUAAAAGAGCAGGAGUUACAGGCAGAGCUUGAACUGAAAAAUAAAAAGUUGAUGCUGCAGAAACAAAAUAGGGAACGCGAGUUGGCGUUAGAAGCAAAACAGUUAGCCGAAGAGAAAGCCUUUCAGGAAAGGCAGCUAGAAGAGGAGGAAAAAGGUCGGAAAGCGCUGUUACAGAUGAAACGUUUAUCACUUGAGGCAAAAAAGAAUAUUGUUCGUCAAUUCUCUCAGCGCGGCAGUGAUGUUUCUAGUUUGAGUGAAAGUGAGAAAAGUUCGGAGGCAAAAGUGCGUAGUUGGCUGCAGAAAUCCGGCGAGCAGACAGAGGGAAUUGUAAGAUCCACGUCAGCAGCAAGAGGUUCCAGCCACGUUCCGGAGAUUACCGGUAAAGUUGUUCUCGAUGAGAUUCGUAAUCCAAUCUCCGGUGCAGCGAAGAAGGUCAACUACCUGUUUGAAGAGAUACCAGGGACGACGGAGGGUGAUAAGAACGACGGCGAUUCCGUGUGCAACGUUCAGCAGCAGGCUUUCAAUGAUGAGAUUGGUCCAACCAGCCGUCAGUUGGCGGCUCGUCAAGUGAUGGGGAAAGAUCUACCCACCUUUUCCGGGAACCCAGAGGAGUGGCCCAUCUGGAUCAGUAACUUUGAGCGAUCAACAGCUACAUGUGGAUUUUCCAUGGACGAGAAUUUGAUCCGGCUUCAACGUUGUCUUAAAGGACAAGCUAUGGAAAUGGUACGCUGCAGAUUACUCUCGCCUGCAAGCGUUCCCCACGUCAUCAAGGCUCUGCAGAUGCGGUAUGGUCGUCCAGAAACAUUGAUCAGAGCACUGACUGAAAAGAUUCGACUUCUAGCUCCUCCGAAUACGAAUGACCUGGAGAGCAUUGUCGACUUCGGUAUGGCGGUCGAUAGCUUGGUUGAACACCUGAAGAGCGCGAAGCAACAGGCGCACUUGGCAAAUCCGUCAUUGCUGCAUGACCUGGUUGCAAAACUUCCAGUGGACUACCGCUUGAAGUGGUCGGCAUAUAAGAGUACCAUUCCAGUGGUCAACCUCGGGACGUUUGGAGCAUUUAUGUCAACCUUGGUGGAACUAGCAUAUGAAGUAAUGGAUGAUCAACCCACUGGUAAAACAACAAAAGGAGCACAGAAGCCGAAGGACCGAAGUUUCGUCUAUACACACUCGGAAUAUUCCUCGAAUGAACCAACUCUAGUACGCCCAGCAAAAAAGGUCUGUGCAGCCUGCAAGAUGGAAGGACAUAAAAUAGCAGACUGUUUCAACUUCAAAGCAAUGAACAUCGAUAACCGUCUCCAGAUUGUCAGUCAGAACUCGCUCUGUAGGACUUGCUUGAACCAACACGGAAAAUGGCCUUGCAAGACAUGGAAAGGGUGCGAGGUUGAAGGUUGCCGUCUUCGUCACCACACGCUGCUGCAUACGACCACACCGGCGGUUCCUCUCGUGGUGUCCACCAGUCAUUCCCAACUACUGAGUGGUAAUAGCCCAAUUUUUCGAAUAUUACCAGUAACACUGUAUGCAAAGGAUCGAUGUGUGAAUGUGUUCGCAUUCGUGGAUGAAGGUUCGCAGAUUUCGCUUCUUGAUGUCGCAGUAGCUGAGCAGUUGGGAGUCACUGGUCCGGCAAGCACGUUAAGUCUACAGUGGACGGGAAAUGUUACACGGGAAGAAGCAAACUCUCGUGUCAUCCAGAUGGAGGUCUCCGGUGGGACGUCGAAUAACCAUUAUAAGAUUAUGGAUGCGCGUACAGUAGAAGGUCUUCAGUUGCCAACCCAAUCGCUGCACUACCAAGACCUGGCAGGAAAGUAUCCACACCUGCGAGGCUUGCCGAUCAUCGACUACGAGAAUGUUACACCAAAACUCCUUAUUGGUCUUGACAACCUGAAACUCACGAUUCCGCUGAAAAUUCGAGAAGGAGGUUGGGGCCAACCAAUGGCAGCCAAAUGUCGUUUAGGAUGGAGCAUCUACGGCAGCUCUCGUUCAGCCACCGAAUCAUUUACCUGUGGGUUUCACGUUGGAGGAUGGACCAAUUCAAAGGAUGAUUUGAACCAGAUCGUCCGUGAUUUCAUCACACUGGACAAUUCUGGUGUUCAACCUCCGCUCGCUCCACUAGAAUCGAAGGAGAAUAAACGGGCUCAACAGCUACUCCAAACCACCACUCGUAGAGUUGGCAGCCGAUUCGAGACCGGGUUACUAUGGAAGUGGGAUGAAAUCCAGUUGCCGGAUAGCUACGGGAUGGCGCUACGACGUUUACACUCUCUGGAGAAGCGGCUAGGGAAGGAACCACUGCUGUACGAUAGCGUUCGUCAGCAAAUACGGGAGUACAAGGAAAAAGGCUACACACACCAGGCCACCGAAGAAGAGCUCGCUAACACAAGUUCAGGGAAGAGUUGGUAUUUGCCGUUGGGAAUAGUAUUGAACCCUAGAAAGCCCAACAAGGUUCGGAUUAUUUGGGACGCUGCCGCGCAAGUGAAUGGAGUUUCUCUCAACUCCGUCCUCCUCAAAGGCCCCGAUUAUCUCGCCUCGCUGAUCGAAGUUUUCUACCACUUCCGUCUUUAUGCUGUCGCACUGACGGGGGACAUUAAGGAGAUGUUUCAUCGGCUAUACAUCAGGCGGGAAGAUCGCCAAUUCCAACGAUUUCUGUGGCGGGAUGAUGUAAAAUCAAAGGUUCAAGUCUUCGUCAUGGACGUUUCCAUAUUCGGCGCAACGUGCUCUCCAAGUUCCGCGCAAUACGUCAAAAAUGUAAACGCGAAAGAGUUCGAAAGCGAAUCCCCCAGGGCAGCGGCAGCAAUCACCCGAUAUCAUUACGUAGAUGACUAUCUCGACAGUUUUCCGACGGCAGCAGAGGCUGUGCAGGUCGGAAGUGAAGUUCGGCGGGUGCACGCUGCGGGAGGAUUUGAAAUCCGUAAUUUCCUCUCCAAUGAUCCGACGGUCGCAGCUACAGUGGGAGCAAUAUCGAACGAAGCCGAGAAGAAAAUCAACCCAGAGAAAGAAGACAUCGUGGAGAGCGUUCUGGGGAUGAAAUGGAUUCCGACGGGAGAUGACCUCACCUACAGUUUCGUAAUACGCGCCGAUCUUGGAUAUGCACUGGAUCAAUCUCACAAGCCGUCUAAACGUGAAGUGCUUCGCGUGGUAAUGAGUUUGUUCGACCCGCUAGGGUUGAUCAGCUAUUUCAUCAUCCACGGGAAAACUUUAAUGCAAGACAUCUGGGCAUCCGGAGUAGACUGGGACGAACCUGUCAGUACUGAAUUGUGUGAACAAUGGUGGCGGUGGACAGCGCAUCUACCGGGACUAAACUCUAUCCGAAUUCCUCGUUGCUAUUUUGCAGCAGCUGAUUACCAAUCGUAUUCCUCGCUCCAAAUCCAUGUUUUUGUGGAUGCCAGUAAAUCAGCGUACGCAUGCGUUGUCUACUUUCGAGUAGAGUCAGAAAAAGGACCGGAGGUAGCACUUGUGGCCGGAAAAGCGAAAGUAGCUCCACUAAAAUUGAUGUCAGUUCCUCGUUUGGAGCUUCAAGCUGCCGUAUUAGGCACACGAUUACUCAACAGUGUGGUUUCAUUGCACGACCUUCCCGUCAGUCGCCGUGUGUUGUGGACGGACUCACAAACAGUUCUUGCUUGGUUGCGAUCCGAUCACCGCAGGUAUCAGCAGUUCGUGGGCUUCCGUGUGGCGGAGAUUUUGUCAUCGACAGACGUUCAAGAAUGGAGGAAGAUCGACACUGAGCUGAAUGUCGCUGAUCUUGCAACGAAAUGGGGUAAGGGGCCGAAUUUCGAAAGAGAUAAUCCCUGGUUUCGUGGACCGAAGUUUUUAUUGGAAUCGGAAAGUUUCUGGCCGAAGCAGGAAGCAGUGCAGUGUACCACAAAUGAAGAAAUUCGCCAUGUUGGGGUGCACGUUGAGCAGACCGUACCGUUGAUCGAAGUUGGAAGGUUCAGUAGCUGGGACAAAUUACACCGAACCACAGCGUACGUUCAUCGCUUUAUCAGCAAUCUCAUCCGGAAGAAACACGGCGAACGGUUGGAGUUGGGUGUGCUGAAGCAACAAGAGUUAGCGAUCGGAGAGGUCACACUGUACAAACAAGCGCAACAGGAAUACUACGCCGGAGAAAUAAAGCAGCUCAGCGGGCAGAAGAGAUCGAUGCAGCAUCGUCAUUCAGCAGUAUCCAGAUCUAGCAAGAUAUUCAAGCUAUGGCCGUUCCUGGACCAGUCUGGUGUGUUACGAAUGCGGGGAAGGAUUGGUGCAGCGCCACAUGUUCCGUACGCAGCGAAGUUUCCUACGAUUCUACCACAGAAGUCAGCAAUCACAUUGCUACUCGUUGACAAGUUCCAUCGCCGUUUCCGUCAUGCGAACAGAGAGACGGUUGUGAAUGAGAUGAGGCAGGAGUUUCAUAUUCCAAAGAUGCGAGCGUGUGUUGGGAAAGUCGCGCGGAACUGUAUGUUCUGCCGUUUACGCAAAGCUAUACCCCGGCUACCUCCAAUGGCUCCACUGCCAAAAGUUCGACUAACGCCGUUCGUGCGACCGUUCUCUUUCGUUGGCCUAGACUACUUCGGGCCUGUUCUAGUAAAAGUUGGGCGCAGCAAUGCGAAGCGGUGGAUUGCCCUUUUCACGUGUCUGAGCAUUCGAGCAGUCCACAUGGAGGUUGUACACAGCAUGUCAACGGAAUCGUGCAUUCAAGCGAUACGUCGCUUCGUUUCUCGUCGUGGUUCACCAAUUGAAAUUUUUACCGACAACGGAACCAAUUUUCACGGAGCCAACAAUCAGCUGAAGAAGGAGAUAGAAGAGCGCAAUCAGAGACUAGCAUCGGUCUUCACCAAUUCGAAUACCCGCUGGUCAUUCAACCCCCCCGGAACACCUCACAUGGGUGGGGUUUGGGAAAGGAUGGUUCGGUCGGUGAAGGUAGCCAUCAAAUCGACUCUAGACGAGUCUCGUAAACCUGACGACGAAACACUGGAAACGGUGAUCAUCGAGGCGGAAGGGAUGAUCAACACACGCCCGUUGACGUACAUCCCGUUGGAAUCGGCAGACCAGGAGGCUUUAACGCCUAACCACUUUCUACUGGGAAGUUCGUCGGGUGUAAAACAAUUGGCAGUUCUUCCAACAGAUUACCGAGCGACCUUGAGGAGCAGUUGGAACUUGGCGAAACACCUGGCUGAUGAGUUUUGGAGAAGGUGGAUCACGGAAUACCUUCCAGUGAUUUCGAGACGCUGCAAAUGGUUCGAUAACGUGAAGGACUUUAAGGAGGGAGAUUUGGUGUUAGUAGUGGAUGGCACAGUGAGGAGUCAGUGGACCAGGGGACGAAUUGAGAGAGUAAUGACGGGAGCAGAUGGACGAGUGCGGCAAGCUUGGGUGCGUACAAAUAGCGGAGUCGAUCGCAGGUCGGUGACUAAUCUGGCGCUGCUCGACGUCAUGGAGGAUGGUGACCCUCACCAAAAAGAUGGUAGCGGCUCACGGGUGGGGGAGUGUGACGACGGUAUGCCUCCCCGCGAUGGAGAUGGCCUAAACUGAUGGUAGCCUAUUCUUUUCAAUGGGUCGGUUGUGAACAACUGUUGCAUCGUUACCACAUACUCCUAUAGAGAAUGUCAACAAACCAGAAUAGUAAGCAAGACACGUGAAUUGGAGCAACUUUCUGAAAAUUAAUUGUAUUUUUGAAUUUCCGUGCUAUUCUGAGUAUAAAAUUGUAUAAUUCCUACCUAAACUAAAUUACUACAUACUCGAAGUAAGUAACAAAUGAAUUUGUAUAAUUUAACUUAUAUCUAACAUGCACAAUUUGUUAUUCUAGUUAUAUAACCUAUAAUUGAAAAACCUAAAGGGAAGAAUUUCGUUUGUGAAAGGCUACUGAAAAUUUGUAAGUAGAAUGAAUUAGGCUUCGAAUUGUGUACCAUAAUGAUAAACCAAUUACAGCUAAAGCGUAUCCACUAAAACGACCGUGUUUGGAUUGCUAUAAGAGCUUCGGUGACAACAGCCUUUAUCGGAUACAUGCGGUCUAUUUGGACCCCAAAUUUGAUCUUCUAUAUCUCAUGAUCCUGACUUGUUAGUUAGAAUAUAGGUGUCUGCAGCAAUGUUGUUUUGUAAGUCAAGGACUAACAAAUGACGGACCGUUUCAUUCGGAGCCUCACACAUAGGUGGCGCAAGUGAGCAUGCAAAUUUUAUAUGUCAUACAUAUAUCUUAAGAUUGCGAUCACUAAGAUAGAUAUAGUCUUGGGCAAAGUUUUUGGGGUAUUCAAGGACUUACAGAUGAUGGGUUAACGGGCUUGGUCUUGGUGGUCUAGUGGCUGCCGCUUCUGAUCAUAUGCAGAAGGUCCUGGGUUCAAUCCCUGGUCCGUCUCUUUCAUGAUCUCUGUCUUUCUACUUUGUAUCUUUCUAUCUAUUUUCUCCCUCUCUUCUCUACACAUACAACUCAUGUAUAUUCAUAUGUUCAUAGACAUCGCUAGAACAGAAACGGGUUGAAAAAGUCGUUUCAACUUUCACAACCCAGUGUUAAUCUAUAAUAUAACGCCUACAAGUUAUGCAACAACCAAGUGAACUGUGCCGCUUAUCCUUCAGAGUAAUUUACACAUAAUCUAUCAUCUAAAUAAAUAUAUCCCUUAUCCAUGGAUCGCAUGAACGACCAAAGGUGACUUCAAGAUCACACAUCCUACCCUACUAACAAAUACCCCAUAUCCGUGCUGGUUGUGGGAACGCAGAGUGCUCUCGGUCUCUAGUAGCAACAACCAUCACAUUCUAACAUUCCUUUUCCUUCCCAACUGACUGUAAGGACUUGGCCGGCGCCGGUAUUGAUCCAAAAUGUGUGAGCUUGCUUUAAAUUGCACUUUGAGUAAAGUGACCAGACGUCCCGGAUUGUGCGGGGCAGUCCCGGAUUCAAGCCAGUCGUCCCGAACUGCAAAGUGUCCCGGAAAUGUCCCGGAUUUCAACAAUCGACUAAAAUGUCGUUUUCUUGACAAACAUGUUGAACUGUUUCUGUUCUUCUGAAAAUCAAUCUUUUGACAAAUGUAAAUAGCAAAAACAAAGUUUAACCAGGCUUACAAUUGUUUAAGAAUUUUGAGAAUUUAAAUCUGACAUUAUAUAAAGUAAAGGCAGAGUUGUUGGGAGAAGGAUGGAGGUAAAAUUUGGUUUUCAUAAGCACUUUACACUGAGGUGGACUAAUUGAGAGCUGACUGAACAUUUUUGAAUCUCUGUAAGUGAAUUUAAAAAUGUCUCACCGGAACUUUUGUUCAAAAAUUUCAAAUUAAUUUCCAGUAACUACCCACAGGGCUUUCUUGUAGACAUAUCUGUUAGAACCCGUCAGAUAAACUCCUAAGAGAAACAUGCCUAGCCAUGAUUCGUGUAAGGUUACCUCCAAGAUUCCCCUUGUCAGAUUUUCUCGGGGGUUUUCGGAAAUGAUCGAAGGAUUUCUAUAGAAGUAUAUGGUGGAUCAUUCUGGAAACUCCACCGAUGGUAGAUUUUUUUUAGCUACAAAUGGAAAGAAUUCCAGGAAACAAAUAUCUUUUUUAGAAACGUAUAUUCUUAUAAAGUUUGAUAAAGAUACACUUCAUAUUUGUGAUGAAAAUAUUGGAGAAUUGUUUCAGAAUACUUUCCAAGAAAUGUUUUGGAAAAUAUUCUCUAGUAAUCCACCAGUACUUUAAAUUUGAAUUCAACUAAAAAAUUCCCAUAGUUUUGUGAAAAACUCAUUCCUGAAUAUUCUUCAGCUAUCUCUUCAAUGUUUUGGCAGAAAUUUUCCAUGAAAAAAUUUAGACAUUUAGAAUAAAAAAUCUUAAGCUAGUUUUCCAAAUUCCAUAAUUUCCUUGUUGAGAUCUAAUACUUUGUUCCCUGAGUGUCGUGAAAAAGUUCCCUGAUCAUCAACCAAAUUCCCCGUGAAAUUCCCUGACUUUCUCUGAUUUUUCUAGCCCUGAAAUAAAUUCCCCAACAGUCCCUGGCUUUCCAGGUAGUUGAAAUCUUGAUUUAGUAAAACUGUGUCCCGCAUCAGAGCAAAAUAUAUCUGGUCACUUUAACUUUGAGAAUACUUUAUUCAGUUGGAUCUCAGUACAAUUCAUACCAGUUCUGAUCAAUCAUGGAAGAGCAACCAUUGACAUGUAUAAGGUACGGCAUAAAAAUCACAACACAAGCUAAACAUCAAUUUUGAAUGUAAACAUGUGACGUCGUUCUUAUCGUCCUUUUACGUUGAUCAAAUUGAUGUGGACCCGAGUAGGGGAAAAGAGCUCAAUAAUAGCAUAUUUUGAUAUGGAGAUCAAAAAGUGAUAUGGGUUUGAUUGACAUAAGAGAUAAAAGAUCUAAAAAUAAAAUCAAAAAUUUACUCCUGGAUCAUCAUCAUCAAAUCAUAUUUAGAUUUUGUGAGAUCUAACCAAUAGCAGCAAGCUAUUCGUAUGAUCUUGAAAUAUCAAAUUUUGAUAUUGUUCAGAUGUUCCAGGAACAUUUUUCUGAUAUUAUUUUCAGAUCUUUUAUCUCUUAUAUCAAUCAAUCCAAUAUCAUGUUUUGAUCGUGAGUAUUUUACCUCUACCCGGGGAGUACUAGAUCGUUUUGUUCACGCCUAUGAACGAUUUGAAUUGCGUCUUAAAAUAAAAACUGUCCGAUUUCCGGAAUGUAUCACCUUCUAAAUGUUGUACACCAUGGUGUAAGUCAGAUUUGAUCGAUAUGAUGGUGGUGAUGUAAUCGUUCAAGCUGUGCAAACUUCUGGUUGAAGACGGUGUGUAGUCUAUUUUUACUUAAUGCUUAAAUAGUACACCAUGUACUAUUUUCAUACUUAACCUCUUUUGUAAGGCUCGUCGCCACCUUAUUCAAGUAGUAGGUAUUCGAUAUAACUUACUGACACAGUUCACAAUCAAUCAUUGAAGCCAACUUCUGCGCUACUCAUCGCAUCAAAACAAAAGCGCCACCGUAUAUGGACUGUAACACGGUGAUAGCAGUCGAGUUACGUCAAACACACAAGGCUACGGUGGCGCUAACUGUUCAUUUCAUAGCGACCGUUUUAGUUAUUUUAGUGAUCCAUUGUUACAUCGAGUUCGUUGUAACAAAGUGACCUGCUUCGCUUCCACCACAAUUUUCCAUCGGAUUGUAAAAUUACAGGUUGUCUGUAGUUUGGAGCUUGCUUACAAUUCUGCGUACAAGAUUUUUUUUUCUAAUGAAAUGAAGUGUAAUAUUUACGUCAAAUGUAGUUUUCAGAAUUUCUUUCUGUGUCAAUUUGGUAUUCGACAGCUUUUUCAUCAACAUUCAACGUUGCUUCUCAUACCCCAAGUAAAACAGAUAAUGUGGCAUUCGAAAAGCAUUAUAUGAGCAUUUAUUGCUACUUAGCUCUGAAUGAGAAUUGAAAGGCUAAAUAUUAUGUUGGAAAAACUGAAAUACCCAAGUGAUCACUGAUGAUUGAUUGGCCUCAUAAUCAGGAACGGGGGUGCUUUAACGUGUGAAAAAACACUUCAUCAGCACUUCCAAUCCAUAGAAGUUCUAUAACAGCAUUAGUAUGUCACUACCAUAAUCGCAUAUGCGCAUUACUGUAUGUUAUACGUUUUUCAUCAUCAAAGGUGGCAUUUCCUUUUCAUUUUUAUUCUAGUUUUGAUUGCCAGCUUUUUGGUUGCGUACCACGAGAACAAGAACUGUUUGUAAACAAAAUCUUUUCUCGAUCUAGGAUAAGAUGCGUCACGUAGUCAGCCGAUUUGAGACCAUUUUGCUGUCAAACGGAGACCAGUCGCUGAUUGGUCGAAAUUGAUACCCGUUUGCUGCGAUCAGAUCGCUUUGUUAUUGGUUUGGCCGUGUUGCUAGUUUGUAGGUUUAGCAUGUGAUACCAGUAUUCAAAAUCAUUAUAUUCUUCUAUUCAAGUUUUAUCAACUUUAAAAUGUCAGCAUUCAAAUGUAAAACAUCCUAAAGUGGCUCCUAUGUCUGAAAAUUGAUAAAUACCAUUGAUUUGACGCAAAAUCAAUUGAAUUUUUGAUAUAUUUCACUAUAAAAGAGAGAACUCUUUGUCUGAAAUUAAUUUUACUUGCAAGUUAUGCUAUUCCAGAUGCAAUUAUCAAUUAGCGAUGCGAAAUAUGCAUCCAAAUUCCAACCGUUAAGGCUCAAAUAACCAUCAUUCAGUCAUCAACAAUCAUCAAUUUUUCAAAAGCAGUUUUCUUCCUCUAAGUCACAAAACCGUCAUUUAAAAUUAUUUCACUGUUAUCCAGAUGGUGGCCAGAGUGCAGUGAUAAAUUUGUAUUAACAUUGGUUAAGAUUUCAGCGAGAAAACUGCUUUUGAGUUUUUGCUAAACGAUGAUGGUUUGUUUCCUCUUAAAUUUAAAUCGUUUGAAAGAUUUGGAAUAAAGAAAAGUGGCAGCACUGGAUUUCCAUCGUCGACAAAAUCGAACGAAAAAAUAACAAGGCAGGCAGGCGAACUUCUGUUGUCACAUCCUAUCCUAGCUCUCGAUGACUUCUAGUCGCCCAAAACAUGCCCACCAUUUUUUUUUGUUGUCAUCAAGUGGAGAAAACUUUUCGAAACACAUGUUGGAUUAGUAGAAAUCAUCAAAAGAAGGAUUUGUUAAUAAAAACUCCUUUGCUCUUUUUCAGAUUCAAUAAAGAACUGUUGACAGUUUACCCAAGCAAGUUUUCGUAUGCCUGCAUCGCUUUUUCAGCCCUAAUACAGGCCUAAUUUUACUUACGUUCUUAUGCUGCCGAAACUCAACAACAUAUAAUCUCUUUAUUUGGAAUUAGUAUACAGAAGUCGUUCGGUAACUGCAACAACUGACAGACUUCAAAGAACUGUCACUUGCUGCAGAAUGCAAUCAAUUUUCAUUCGUAAAACAUCACACUGCAACAAAAUUGCAUGCGAGAAAGAUCGCAUUGCUGUUAAUUUUUCAUUUUGAUUAUGAUUGCCAAUUUACCUUCAAGAGGUUUUGAGAAUGGUCAUAAAACCGAUAUGGUUUUAUUCUGGCAUAAUAAUGGUGUUUACAACCUCCUCGAAUUUACUUGGAAAGAUCGACAUUCCAAGCUGUUAAAAUACAACUGAUGGCUCCUUUUUUGUGUGAUAGUAAAACCGGUGAAUAAGGUAUUCCGCAACAUGAAGUAAACAUAAAAAGUUGCCUAGUCAAACCGUUCUUGAUUUCAGUUCACUAACUUUUCAGAAAACUUUCCCGUUAUCAUACAAUUAGCAUUUUUCGUGAUUUUUUUCAUACUAUUUGACAGUUCUCGACUACCAAUCUUCCGUGAGCUUGAGUCACAGAGAACAGACAUUUAAGCUCGAACAAAAAAAACGUUAAAAACGUGUGCAAAGAAUUUAAGUGUACCUCAACACCACCAACGGAUACUGCCCGACAUAAAAACUCGAUUUGACUACUCGAUGGCGGUGUUCAUCGUUAAAAUACACUAGCCCACAAAGCGACACAAGCGCUGAAAUUCCAAAAACGGCGAACCCAAGAAACAAAAAUGACAACAUGACAAUGCGAUGCUAGCGCCACGCACCGGGAGCAAAACGAUACACCGUUACAAAGUUUUACACAAGGCAGAAAACAAAGAUCAACUAUUAUGUCUCUCAUGAAAAAUUAGAAUAUGGCGAAUAUCUGCCUCUAGCUUCUGAUAUAAGCGCGACAGUUACUAAUCAUAACAGCGUCACCAGAUUCUUAAAGAAUUUUAUUCCAUUACAUGAGGUUUAACAGCAAGCACACUUAUUUCACUGAGCCACUCUUGCGGUUCAUCACAAAUACAUCAAAAAACAUCUGUCACUUCGCGAAACCCACGUGCUUUUGUUUUAGGCGGCAACACAUUUUCUUUUGUUUUCCUUUGCGAGUGUCACUGCGGCGGUAUGCCGUGCGGGCGUACGACCGCCGUCGAACUCUAAUAAAAGAUAAGCACGGCAAUAUGUUCUCUGUGCUUGAGGUGAGAAUUUGAGAAAGUUGACAUCCGAGAAUAGCACAGACGACGGAUUGAAUACAAGAGAUGGUGUCGCCGCCGGGCUGUCAGCGCUGGACACUAGAUGCUAUAAUGGUUGUUGUCUACAUUUUAUAAACAACAAUCAUUCUAUUAUUUCAUUAGCGCCCAGCUAUCUUUUCUGGUGUUGAGUGUAGAGUCUUUGCCAAAGCUGUCAGGACAUCAAGUCCGAUCUUGAACUAGUUGGUUCUAAGCUUAUCCGCUAGUUGGCGCUAGUGGGUCUAAUAUAUUUUCAAAUUUCUGUAGCUUGAAAAUCAGACUGCCUAGAAGAAUUUUGUCUUUAAUAAAGUUGUCCAAGAAAACAUAGCUUUUCAAUGAUAAACUAGUUGAUUCUAGACUUAUCCGCUAGGUGAUUUCUUUUUCUUAUUUGCCACUUGUGAAUAUUACGUAACUCACUAUAACAAUCCGUUUCCGACAUUCUUAGCAAACUGCAGUAGAAUCACUUGGCAUGAUACGGGACCUCGCAAUGCAGGCGACUGAUUCCGCCAAAGCUCCACUCCUCAAUGAGGCAGCAACACACUCACUGUCUCGUCAUGAUGAUUGCUGUCACCGAUGCUUAAUAGGGGAAGGACACGCGAGGGGAAUAUCACUAAUCAUUAUUCACACCCCACAGCUCUUUAAACCCAAUGGGUGCAUUCGUGUCGGGCUGGGUGGUGCUAGUGGGUCUAAGACAUUUUAAAUAUUCUGUACCUCGAUUUUGUCUCCGACAAAAUUGAUCAGGGUAUUAUAAGAGCUUUGUGAUAAAGAACUUGUUGAUCCUGGGUUUAUCCGAUAGGUGGCGCUAGAGGAUCGUAGAAGUUUCAAAAUGUAUAUUUCAUCUUUGUCAAAGUUGAUCACGGCAUUAGAGCAGGGAUGCCACAUAUACAGUUUUUUCUGUAAUCAUGCAGAUUUUCUCGCAGUUUUUAUACAGAAUUCUGUAUAAAAAUAUUACAGAUUUUUGAAAAUAAUACAGAUUAUACAGAUUUUUCAGAAAUUUACUGAAUUUCAUACAGAUUUUCCGCGAAAUACUACAGAUUUCAUACAGAUUUUUGGCAUACAAUGGUGAUACAGAUUAAACAGAUUUUUGAAAGGCAAAAUACAGAUUUAAAUGUGGCAAUACUGCAUUAGAGGCUAUCCGAUCUUGAACUAGUUUGUUCUAGGCUUGUCCAAUAGGUGGCACUCGUAGGCGUGGGUCUCGAGAAUCAGACUAUAUGGAAUUAUUUUGUCUUGGAUAAAGUUGAUCAGAAGCAAGUGCUACCCGAUGAUUACCCAACUAUCAAUCGCAAGCCGCAAACAAGCAUGCAUGCUGAAUUGUGGCUUUAUAAUAGUAAUUAUUGCUGAACUGAAAUAAUGCUGUACACAUUACUGUACAAACGCUUUUUCAAUUGAAAAAGUAGCCAAUGUUCAACUUUUCGUAUCGGUAUUAACAAUGAUAAUUUAAAACACUUUUCAAACAUUUAGUAAAAUUUUUAUUCGACUCGCAGUAAUUCCUUUACAACAUAGUUUAACAAGACCUUUUUCUGCUUCUUGUUAAGUUUAUGUAAAAAUUAGCACAUGUAUCCGUAUAAUGUGUUUUUCACAAGUUAAAUAAGCGCUUUUGUUUCAUCAUACUUCGACUCAGAGUACAUGAUGAAAAAUACGUGUUUUUCUACUGAACAACCGCCGAAUUAAUCUGUUGUUCAGUUGUUAACCAUAAUGUUCUGUGCAAUUCACCACUGCUGAAUAGGAGUCGAAGUCUGAUCAAUAUUAACCCCGGGAAGUUUAUGUUUUGAUUUGAGCGCUGCAAUUCAUCAUCUCUAGGAUGGUGCAGAUAGAAAGACGUGUGGCUAGCAAUCGACGGAUCUCAAAUUUAUGUGUAGUUAUUAUUUCACAAUAGUUGUUCACAGCAUAAGUGCCAAUCAUGAACUAUCGUGGAAAUUAGAAAUUUUUGAAUUUUAUUUAUUUUUAAUCAUUUUUGUCAAAGCUGAAUAACAGCUUUACUAUAUAGUUGUAAAACGAUUUAAAAACAAACAGUUCAGUUGGUACACAACACAGUGCCUUAUAGUUUCUCCAAAUUUGUGUUAACAAAACCCGAACAAAGGUUGUACCUGAGAAUUAUCCAAAUGUUAUUUAGCAGAAUGCUGAAUUAAUUCGUCGUAAAGGUGCUUGUGAAAUGAGUGAUUGUUAGUUGGGUAGCUUGUUGAUUUUCGGCUUAUUCACUAGGUGGCGCUAGUGUGUCUUAAGAAUUUAAAAUUGCCUGUAUCUCGAGAAUCAGAUUGAACAUGUUACUUGAGAGGGCUCUAGCGUUAUUCUUGGUCUUGGAGCACUCUACGACCCAAGCACCAUUUCAAGUCAAAUUCGUUUCAAGAAGGCUGUGGAAACUGUUAUAAAACUUAAACGUAUUCAAUUUUAUUUUGUAGUGAUGCUAAGAAUCUCUUCGAGGCAGCUUGAUCUAAAAAUGUUAUUUACGUAUGCUUGUGAAUAACUUUAAGUUAUUUGAUGUUUUAGCAAGUUUGUUUGCUCGGACCACUCGAAAAAUAAACCUCGCCAAUCUGAGUAGUGUUUUCCGACGAAAACGGUCAACUAUGUGUAGAAACUGUAGACGUUUAUUUACUUCCCCUCAAUAACUACCAAACAAACAAGGCAACGUGCCACAACAGGACGACCUCCUGUCUGUUUAAAACUACAUUCGGAUUGUCAACACACACGGUAACUCUGCAUCUUAUCAUAAAUUAACCGAUCGAGCGAUCCCACCUUGUCGGAGAACUAUGGGAAAUCAACUUUUCCCCUCAACGAAUUGAGUGGCAUCGCAAGCGAUCCCCAUCAUCAUCGCCAGGCAAUUAACUCGUUUAGUCCUUUUAUGAGCAAUUUCGGUAUAGGGGAGCUGGCUUUCGUGACGGCACACCAGCCCUACGAAGCAUGCGCAAUGAGUUAUGGGCCCAGAAGAUUGGGCGAGGGUGGCCGCCCGCGCCGAGGCGCCCAGAUUUUUAUGCAUUGGAAAUGAGUCCUCUUAAGGGUUCUCGUUCGAAGGCGAUCGAUCGACAGGAAGAGGGGGAGAGGGUCUACGAGCGAAGGUGGCACCGGCGGCGGCUUCUUGUUUGGUUGGUGGUCACCGCAAGAAGUCUGACCCCUUGCAGCCAUUUAUUAGCAGUAAAUCAAACUUUUGUGGCCGAUGGAUUUAAUGGAGGGUUCACCGCUGGUCGUGCAAAUGUUCAUACCUCCGUCGGGCAUGCACUGGGAGAAAUUUGAAGUAAUAUUCCAGUUGAAUUCAUAUGUUAUAUUUUCAGUUUUCUUCUAUCAUCUAUCAGCUUCUUGUUAUUCGCAAUUCUUUAUUUAUACAUUUUUGUUUCAUUUUUUUCUGUAUUCUAGUUUUUUCUUCUAUUCUCUAGCUUCUAUUUUCUGUCUUCUUUCUUAUCUUUUUCUUCUUCCCUGUUUGGAAUUUCAU